CGACGUGACGUAGCUGCAGUUGCUGUAAAAUGGCGUCGAUCGUGUGUUAGCACCAAAACAUAACGAGUUCAAACACAGAGCAGCGUACGGAGGAAACUACCGUUUAUUUACGGAGUAAUAUCGACCACUGUGUCCUUUGUUGGAUCCUAACAAGAUGGAAGCCAUGACGGAGGAGCAGCCUAACGUGAGCGCGGAGGGCAUCGUGGGCCUGGAUGAGCCCAAGAAGAUGACCAGGGAGGACUGGAGGAAGAAGAAGGAGCUCGAGGAGCAGAGGAAGCUGGGAAACGCUCCGGCUGAGGUGGACGAGGAGGGGAAGGACAUAAACCCUCACAUCCCGCAGUAUAUUUCAUCAGUGCCAUGGUACAUCGACCCGUCCAAAAGGCCCACACUAAAGCAUCAGAGACCACAGGAUGAAGAAGAGGCUUAUUACUCAACUGUUGGAGAGUGGUACAAGAGAGGAGUGCAAGAGUCUGCUGUCAGCACUAAGUUUCGUAAGGGAGCUUGUGAAAACUGUGGAGCCAUAACACACAAGAAGAAGGACUGCUUGGAGCGACCCAGAAGAGUUGGGGCGAGGUUCACGGGUAACGGCAUAGCUCCAGAUGAACACAGUCAGGUGCUGCUGGACUUGGACUAUGAUGGGAAGCGAGAUCGCUGGAAUGGGUAUGACCCUGAGGAUCACCACCGCAUCGUGGAAGAAUACGCCAAAGUAGAUGUGGCCAAAAGGACAUUGAAAGCGCAGAAGCUUCAGGAUGAGUUGGCCUCUGGAAAACUGGAUCAAGAGCGGGAACACGACAGUGAGGACGAGGAUGAAGAUAAAUACGCAGAUGACAUCGACAUGCCGGGUCAGAACUUUGACUCCAAGAGACGAAUCACUGUUAGGAAUCUGCGUAUCAGAGAAGACACAGCUAAAUACCUGAGGAAUUUGGAUCCAAAUUCAGCAUAUUAUGAUCCAAAGACUCGAGCUAUGAGAGAGAACCCGUACUCCAACACUGGCAUGAACCCCGACGAGGUCGGGUAUGCUGGAGACAAUUUCGCUCGCUAUAGCGGGGCCACCAUCAACAUGGCUCAAACACAGUUGUUUGCCUGGGAGGCCUACGAGAGAGGCUCUGAGGUGCAUCUGCAAGCCGACCCCACCAAGCUGGAGCUGCUCCAUCGGUCCUUCAAAGUCAAGAAGGAGGACUUUAAAGAGAAACAGAGGGACGGCAUUCUGGAGAAGUAUGGAGGUGAAGAGCACUUGGAUGCUCCGCCGCGGGAGUUGCUCUUGGCCCAGACGGAGGACUACGUGGAGUACUCUCGUCACGGUGCUGUGCUGAAGGGACUCGAGAAGGCCGUGGCUCGCUCCAAGUAUGAGGAGGACGUGCUCCUCAAUAACCACUCUUGUAUUUGGGGCUCCUUCUGGACGGAUGGCUACUGGGGAUACAAGUGCUGUCACUCCAUGGUCAAACAGAGUUACUGCACGGGAGAGAGUGGAAUCGGAAUAAGCAACUCGGAGUGUGUUCCAUUUGAAGAGGGACUGAUGGAGCUGCAGGAGGAAGAAGAGCCCAAGACUCUGCUGGAAAUGCAUCGAGAUAAGAUGAUGAAAGAGAAGAAGAAGAAAAAGAAGAACAAGAAGAACAAGAAGCACGACUCUGACAGCAGCGACUCGGAGGAUGAAGAGAAGAAGAAGGAGAAGCUGAAGAAGGCACUCGAAGCAGAGGACAAGCGGGUGAAGCAAAUAGAUGCAAUAAUGCAGGUGGAAGAGAGAAAGAGGCCGUACAACAGCUUAGGGGAAGUAAAGGCACCCACCGAGGAGGAGAUGGAGGCCUUCCGCAUGAAACGCUGCCGGGCAGACGAUCCCAUGGCUUCCUUCCUGGGACAGUGACCUGCUGACCCCCCCUAAAGUCUCCUCAAGGACUCUUACCAGAGCUGCUGCUCGGUGAAAAAAAACAUGUCUCAGACUCGGAAAACUCGUCUUGUGAACUUACAGCAGGAGGCUUCUGUUUGGUUACCAGCGUUUUGUUCAUUUCAAUUUGAUCACUUAUUGUUUUUGAUGCCACAGGCCGAUAGAUUAUAGGUCAAUGAUGAUCUAUGCUUUUGUUUGUACUUAAACAGGUUGAAACAUGGGAGCCUCCCUCGGUCUCAAUGUAAUUACUUUUAGGUGGAAUAAUGCAUUGUUUUUAUAAUAAAAUAUACAGUUUAUGUAUAUAUAUUUUUUAUUGGUCUGGAUAGUUUGUCUUGUCUUAUGCACAUUGAUAAAGAGAAUUCUCAAGCUA